GAAAUCAAAUGACGCAUGACGUCAGAAGGGCGUCGUUACGUCGUGCAGUAUGUGACAGGAAGUCGAAGAUGGCGGCGGGGAGCGGGGAUUUUUAGCAGGAAGCACCCCAGUACUGCGGACCUGUUGGAUCACGUGUGGCCCCACGCAGAGAUCGCCAUGAACCUGCAGCAGCCCUCUCCCCUCAUUCCCCCCGUCCACCCUGAUGUGGAGAUGAAACCCCUCCCCUUCUACGAUGUUCUGGACGUCCUCAUCAAGCCCUCCAGUCUGGGAGUAAGCGCUGCACAGAGGUACCACCAGGAGAAAUACUUCAUCUUUGCCCUGACGCCGCAGCAGGUCCGGGAGGUUUGCAUAUCGCGGGACUUCCUACCUGGAGGAAGGAGGGACUACUUAGUUCAGAUCCAGCUGAGGUUCUGCCUGUCGGAGACCAGCUGUCCUCAGGAGGACAACUACCCCAACGGUCUGUGCAUCAAGGUCAACGGAAAGCUGUUCCCUCUGCCUGGUUUUGCCCCACCCCCGAAAAACGGCGUGGAGCCGAAGAGACCAGGAAGACCCCUGAACAUCACGUCCCUCGUCAGACUCUCCUCCGCAGUGCCCAACCAGAUCUCAGUGACAUGGGCGCCGGAAAUCGGAAAGACCUAUUCUAUGUCGGUGUACCUGGUGAGGCAGCUGACAUCGCCGCUCCUGCUGCAGAGGCUGAAGAUGAAGGGCAUCAGGAACCCAGACCACUCCAGAGCUCUGAUCAAAGAGAAGCUGACGGCAGAUCCAGACAGCGAGGUCGCCACCACCAGUCUGCGGGUGUCCCUCAUGUGCCCUCUGGGGAAGAUGCGUCUGACGGUGCCGUGCAGAGCAGUGACGUGCUCUCACCUGCAGUGCUUCGACGCCGCCCUCUACCUGCAGAUGAACGAGAAGAAGCCCACUUGGAUCUGUCCCGUCUGCGACAAGAAGGCUGCGUAUGAGAACCUCAUCAUCGACGGCCUGUUCCUGGAGAUCCUCAACGACUGCUCAGACGUGGAUGAGAUCAAGUUCCUGGAGGGUGGAACCUGGUGCCCGAUGAGGCCAAAGAAGGAGGCGCUGAAGGUUUCCUCUCAGCCGCCCGCAAGAGUAGACUCCUUCACGCCUGUGCGGCAGCCGGCGGUGGUGGCCCCCCCCGCAGAGCCCAGCUCCACCAAGAAGGCAGACGUGAUCGACCUGACCCUGGAGAGCUCGUCCUCAGACGACUCGGACUCGGACUCGGACCCUCCUCCGAAGAAGCAGUGCGUCUUCAUCUCCAAGAACGGCGACAUGCACGCCAAAGGGGUGUUGGCGUACCAGCCCACCGUGCGCAUGCCCACCAUGCCAACCCUGGACGCGCCCUCGUACCUCAGCUCCACCCUCGCUGACUAUGCGGUGCCUUACCACCCGUCGGCCCUGGCCACCAUCCCUGCAGACAUGCAGAGUCUGGAUUUGUUUUCUUUAAUUCAAGCAGACUCACAGCAUUACCGGCCGCAGAUGUUCCUGGGAAACCUGACGGAGAGCAUUCAGAGCGCCACCGUCUCCGCCAGCAGCUCCUCCUCCAGCAGUCUGUACGGCAGCAGCCUCCACGCUGACGGCUCCAUCCACGAGGCUCGGGUCAUCGCAGGAGGAGGAGGAGGAGGUGGGGCAGGAGGAGGAGUGAGCAGCAGCAUGUCGGAUGUCAUCUCCCUGGACUGAAAACGGCCCGCUCUCCUCCUGGUCCUGGGCUUGGACUGUCAGGCCGCACAGACUGAAGCCUCUGAGAGUUCACUACACUCCACACCGGAUGAAAGGUUCUCCCUCCCUACUCUGGGGCUCUGACACCGGCUCAGGUUCAAGUAUUGGACGCUCCUCUCAUUCUGAGCAGCACUAAGAUGUGCUAACCUGAGGAACUGGAAGCCCGCCUCCUCUGUGGCUGGGACAUCAAAUGGAUGUUUGUUGGGUUAUUGCACACAGAAUUGAUUUUAGGACUGUAAUGCGAGCCUGUUCCAUGCAGGCCGCAGACGAACCGCAGACAGACUGCAGACUGAUCGCAGGCAUGCUGUAGACGGACUGCAGACGGAUCGCAGGCAGGCUGUAGACGGACUGUAGACUGAUCGCAGGCAUGCUGUAGACGGACUAUAGGCGGACCCCUGGGAGGCUGCAGGCAAGCGGCAGAAGGAUCGCAAGCAGGCUGCAGACGGAUCGCAGGCAGGCUGUAGACAGACUGCAGAGGGAUCGCAGGCAGGCUGUAGACGGACUGCAGACUGAUCGCAGGCAUGCUGUAGACGGACUAUAGGCGGACCGCUGGGAGGCUGCAGGCAAGCGGCAGAAGGAUCGCAAGCAGGCUGUAGACGGACUGCAGACGGAUCGCAGGCAGGCUGUAGACGGACUGCAGACGGAUCGCAGGCAGGCUGUAGACGGACUGCAGGCGGACCCCUGGGAGGCUGCAGGCAAGCGGCAGAAGGAUCGCAAGCAGGCUGCAGACGGAUCGCAGGCAGGCUGUAGACAGACUGCAGAGGGAUCGCAGGCAGGCUGUAGACGGACUGCAGACUGAUCGCAGGCAUGCUGUAGACGGACUAUAGGCGGACCGCUGGGAGGCUGCAGGCAAGCGGCAGAAGGAUCGCAAGCAGGCUGUAGACGGACUGCAGACGGAUCGCAGGCAGGCUGUAGACGGACUGCAGACGGAUCGCAGGCAGGCUGUAGAGGGACUGCAGACGGAUCGCAGGCAGGCUGUAGACGGACUGCAGACGGAUCGCAGGCAGGCUGUAGACGGACUGCAGACGGAUCGCAGGCAGGCUGUAGAGGGACUGCAGACGGAUCGCAGGCAGGCUGUAGAGGGACUGCAGACGGAUCGCAGGCAGGCUGUAGACGGACUGCAGACUGAUAGCGAGGCAUGCUGUAGACAGGCUGCAGAUGGACCGCUGGGAGGCUGCAGGCAAGUGGCAGAAGGAUUGCAAGCAGGCUCAGACGGAUCGCAGAAGAAUCGCAGGCGGGCUGUAAACCGACCGCAGGAGGAUCACAGGCAGGCUGUAGACGGACUUCAGAUGCGUGUGAUAGCAGACAUCCACAUCAAUCAGACUAGAUGUUCUUGUCAUUCCAGGGUGAGUCAAGCGUUCUGAGUGCAGCCUGUGGUCCAUGAACGGGUCCUGCUGGUCCAGCAGUAGCUGCCUGAACUUUGUUCUCGGCUUAAAGAGCAUUACCUUGUGGUUGGAGGAAGCGAGCUGACUCUUAGGUGUCUUUAUCCACAUUUACCUGAGGUCCUGCUGACUCCCCCCUCCUUUAGGACCACAGCAGCGGCUGCACUACAUCCUCAGAGCUGCAGAAGCUCCGUCUCAGGAACCAGAAGUCCAUUAAACACCAGCUCUUCACUCUCAGACUUUUCUUUUACAGCUGUUAUUUUUCUCACAUCAUUAUUAUUUUCAGAAAGGCUCCUGAGCUCCAGCGAUGAGAUCAUGUAUGUUCCUGCGAGCAGGUUGGACUCGUGGACAUCUCAGGUUUCCCCUUCGGCUGCAUGUUCUGAUGUCUAAUGUUCUGACAGUGGGUUCUCCUCGUGUUUACCUCCCACUCCAGAGAUUGAUCCUCUGUUUGCCCCAAAGCUAUGAGCAGCAUUGAUGUCUGUGGAAGUAUGUGGAGAUGUUAACAGGUGUUCACUCUCUGAAAGCAUGCCCGUCACUUCCCGUGAUCACAUGACUGAAUUAAGUCAGACUGAAGCCCGGAGCAUCUCUGCACGCCAACGGCCAGAACCAGAGGUCCGGUUUAGAGCAGAAGCCAACUGAACUGAACCACAAGCUGCUUUUUCUGUUCUGUCUGAAACCUCAAUAAAUGGUCUAGUUAAGCUUUUUCCAAA